CCUCGACACCGAGGCCCUGUAAUUAUGAGCUUUUCUUCAUCUGCUCUGGUUUUCCUUGUGGCCGGGAUUUAUAUGUCUUCAGAGAGUUUCCAUACUGAAAUUAUUGGAGGGAGAGAAGUACAGCCACAUUCCAGGCCUUUUAUGGCUUCCAUCCAGUACCGCGGCAAGCAUAUUUGUGGAGGAGUCCUGAUCCAUCCGCAGUGGGUGCUAACAGCCGCCCACUGCUACUCUCGAGGCCACUCUCCCACGGUUGUUUUAGGAGCACAUUCUCUUUCAAAGAAUGAGCCCAUGAAACAGACAUUUGAGAUUAAGGAAUUCAUCCCAUUCUCAGGAUUUAAGUCUGGAACGAAUGACAUCAUGCUGAUAAAGCUUCGCACGGCUGCAGAACUGAACAAGCAUGUCCAACUGCUUCACCUGAGAUCCAAAAACUAUAUUAGAGAUGGAACUAAAUGCCAGGUUACUGGCUGGGGAUCCACCAAGCCAGAUGUGUUAACCACCUCUGAUACACUGCAGGAAGUCACUGUUACCAUCAUAAGUAGAAAACGCUGCAACAGCCAGAGCUACUACAACCAUAAACCUGUUAUAACCAAGGACAUGAUCUGUGCAGGGGAUGCCAGAGGCCAAAAGGAUUCCUGCAAGGGUGACUCUGGUGGUCCUUUGAUCUGCAAAGGUGUCUUCCAUGCCCUAGUCUCUGGGGGCUAUAAAUGUGGCAUCUCCAACAAACCUGGAGUCUACACCCUGUUGACUAAGAAAUAUCAGACCUGGAUCAAAAGCAAGCUUGCCCCGUCGAGUGCACAUUGAGAUGACAAGUGGUUUUCUUGGAUCUGCCAGUCACUUGCUUCUUUUUCCAGGACAAGCUUGCAGACUGGCUUUCUCUUCGGG